AUGGAGGUAGACCCACCCCCCUUGGAUGAGCAUGUGGAGAUCUCUUGUGACUCCUCUGGCCCAGCUGAGGGGGGUGACCCCGCCGCAGACGACACGGCGACCACUUGUCACUCUCCUCGCUUGAAGACCCCCCCUGGUUUUCCACCGAGGUUGUCUUCGCCGCCCCAGCAGCCUGCUGUUGGUGGCACUACGUGUGAGGGUUCUGGAGGUGCUCACUCUGGGGGUGAUGCAAGUCCUAGUGGCGGUGCAGCUGAGGGUGACCCAACUGGAGGUCCUGGAGCUGGGCAGCCACAGCAGCCUGGUCUACUCGAGAGACUCUCGCUGCAGCAGAUUCGUGAGUGGACCGUUCGGCGAGGCAGUCCUGGUGGUGGAGGGCACGGUGCUGCUAGUACUGGAGCUGCUAGUCCUGGAGGUACUGCUGGUGCUCGAGUUGCUAGUCCUGGAGGUACUACUGAUACUGGAGGUACUGCUGGAGGUGCCGGAGGUCCUGCUGGCGCUGGAGGUGCUGGAGGUACUGCUGGAGGCGCUGCUGCCACUGCUGGUGCUGGAGGUACUAGAGUUGCUGGUGCUGGAGAUGCCGCUGGUGCUGGAGGUGCUGGAGCUGCUGGUGCUGGAGGUGCUGGAGCUGCUGCUGCUGGAGGUACUAGAGUUGCUGGUACUAGAGGUACUGCUGGUGCUGGCGGUACUGGAGUUGCUGGUGCUGGAGGUACUGAAGUUGCUGGUGUUGGAGGUGCUGCUAGUGCUGGAGGUGCUGGCGCUGCUGGUGCUGGAGCUGCUGGUGCUGGAGGUACUGGAGUUGCUGGUGCUGGAGGUGCUGCUCGUGCUGGAGGUGCUGGAGCUGCUGGUGCUGGAGGUGCUCGAGCUGCUGCUAGUGGAGGUACUGAACAUGUUGGUGUGCUUAGCCACCUUGUCUGUCUUCCGCCCGCUGCUUCUGAGUUCCCUGACCCUGGUACUACUCCUCUGUUACCUUUCCCUCCGACAGACCAAUCUCAGCCAGAGCUACUGCCUCACUCCCCACUGCCUGCCCCUACUCCUUACAGUGAGCGUGUUGUCCCGCCCUCACCUCCCACGUCUUCUCCUCCUGACGUUGCUGACCCUCCUUGUGACCUUACUCAUGCUUCCAGUCUGACUAUCACUCGCUUUCUUGCUACAGUUGUGACUGACCCUACGUUUUCGUCUCUUGCUGCGUCUGCCUUAGUCGUAGAGCUCGUUGACUUUGCUGCUGCGUACCGCGUAGACUACCUUGCGAGUCUUGUUUCUGACCCUGCCUGUCCUCCGUCCGUCGGGGGUGAGGUUGCCCUUAGCUGUGACGUCCUUGAGGACAGGCAAGAGGAGUUGAAGUGCCUUGCGGCUGCUGUGCCCCGCCUCGCUACCAUGCUGCUUACCCCUGAGGGAGACCCGGAUGCACUUGACAUCCCCACCCUGCGCUCUUACAGAGAGGCGAUCUCGGGCGAGUACUCCUCUCAGUGGCAGACAGCCAUGGACGCAGAGAUGGCAUCCUGGAAGUCCACAGGCACCUACGUCGACGAGGUUCCCCCACCUAAGGCGAACAUCAUCAGUGGCAUGUGGAUUUUCAGGGUGAAGCGGCCGUCUGGUUCUCCGCCUGCCUUCAAGGCAUGUUACGUUGCUCGAGGCUUCAGUCAGCGUGAGGGAGUUGACUUCUUUCAGACCUUCUCACCCACCCCAAAGAUGACCACCCUUUGGGUGUUGCUACACGUUGCAGCUCAGCGUGAAUACGAGCUGCACUUCCUCGGCUUCUCGACAACUUUCUUGCAUCGUAGCCUUCACGAGGCCAUCUGGCUUUACUGGGUCAUUUCCUGA